GUGUCGCAAGGUUUGUAGUUCACAUACGCAAUAUACACCCUCCGACUGGACACUGUAGCGCGACUCACUCUAGGAAAGACGAGUCACCGCUAGAUGCGUUCCCCCGCCCUGCUGCUUUGCUCUCGUUCACGACACGACCCCCCCCCCCUACCCCCCGCCCCGCCUACUCGCUCGUCGGCGCGGUGGCAAGCUUGAAGGGCUGCGCGUCCGCCGGGACGGGUUCCUCCUCUGCCGCCUCCGCCGCCGCCUCGCCCGCCUCGCCCGCCUCCUCCGUCAUCGGUUCCUCAGCAGCGGCCGAAGGAGCCGCGGCGAAGCACUGGCCGAUGCGCGGCGAGACGAGGUUCGAGACCGAUUUCUUGAGCGCCGCAAUCCAGCCCUCCUGCGCUGCCUCGCCCGCCUCCGCCUCCGGCUCCGCCUCGGCCGCCUCGGGCUCCGCCGGCGCCGCCUCCGCCUCGACCUCCGCCUCCGCCUCGACCUCGGCGUCCGCCUCGACCUCGGCGUCCGCCUCCUUGCUCUUGCGUGGCGACAGGAUGGUGGUGACCUUUGCGAGGAAGGACGGCUUCUUCGUCGUGGCGGGGGCCUCGUCCGCGCCCGCCUCGGGGGCCGAGCCCUCCGCGACUGCGUCCUCAGCGUUCGCCUCCUCCGGCGCCGGCGCGUCCGGCGCCGGCGCCUCAACUGCCUCGUCUGCCGCCGACUCAGCGUCGUCCUUCUUGGGCAGGAUGCUGGAGAACGCUUCCGCCACCUUGUCGGUCAUGGAGCUCGCCGCUGCCGCGAUGCCCUCAAGAAGGUUGGGCUGCUGCUCCUUGGUGUCCGCCUCGGCCCGCCGCGUCGCUCGCCGCCUCUGCGACCUCAGAGGCCUCAGCGGGAGUGUCAACGGCCUCGGGCUGAGCGUCAUCGGUGCCAGCCUCGACAACGUUCGCCGCGAUGGGGAGGCCGACGGCAGGCGCAUCCACGAUGUCGUCGUCGUUGACAGUCUGUGGCUCGGCGGCCUUGAGCUUGUCCUCGAUCGGUUCGGCAGCGCCAGCCUUGCCCUUGGAAAAACCGUACUUGCGCAGGUACGAGAUCGGAUUCUUCUUUGCGAAGACCAUGGCAGAGGCUGGGUUAGGAGGCUGUUGUGAGCAAGUCGGACUUGGCGGAGAGCA